AGCAAAGGAAAUGUAUUUGGUAGUAUAGGUAAUGUAGUGAUAGCACGAGGUGACAGUACAGAGACAUUUUAUCCUCAGAUGACACAGGGGCUGGAGAAAAAGUUCCGUAAAUCUUUCAACACUGUCAGCUGGAAUCCAUUCUCUAUAGAUAUCUGGACUGCCAAGACCAACAGUAUUGGACCAAAAGACACAGCUUCGAUAACAGUAGCAUCAAAUUCAGAGUCAAUAGUAGAAUACCUCAAGACAGUCUAUGAAAGGUCAAGGGUCAAAUUUGCUGCCAAAGCUUAUCUCCAUUGGUACCACAAAUAUGGAGUAACCAAUGAGGAUUUUGAAGAAGCAUUUAAUGUUGUAGAAGACAUUAUACAGAAUUAUAAAAGUGCAUUUUCAUAAAAUAUGAAUAAAAUUUAAGAAUUUGA